ACAUGGCGCGUGCGGUGCCGCGAGGGCCGCCGACACGGAGCGGCAACAAUGGCCGCGAGCGAUUCCAGUCGGUUUCAGUCGCCAGUAGCAUCCCCGUGUGGUCGGACCGUCGUCUUGGCUGCCGAAACGGUCCGCGGACAACACGCGCCGCCCGCUCGCGUUCCAACCGUAUAAUGGUACGUUCGGGAUCAAUCGCCGCCGGCACGCGCUCGUCGUCAGCAACACUUAACGCACGUCCGGACGCCGGGCCGCACAGCAUUCGCGUUUGAACGCUUCCCGGCCGUCCGCAUCGCACGCCGCCGCCGCCGCCGUACACGUCAGCCGAGGGAAAACCGGAGACGCGGACAUGCGGCACACACUCGGACGGAUCGUCGUCGCGGUCGUUCUGUUCAACGUCGCGAGGGCCAACUGGUGGUAUUUGGGCCUGGAAAGUUAUCCACCAAAAGAGUUUGACCCGUUGAUUAGCCACAAAGAGAAUUGUUAUCGAUAUCAAUUUUUGCAGAGUAGACAACAACAGCUGUGCGAUCUCGGUGAAAACAUAAUGAGUGUCGUGAGCAGUGGCACGAAAAUGGCCAUCGAAGAAUGCCAGCACCAGUUCGGCACGCAGCGAUGGAAUUGCACUACGUUUUCAAAUAACACGUCUGUUUUUGGCAAUGCCUUGAAAUACAGAAGUAGAGAAAAAGCGUACGUCCAUGCCAUUACGUCGGCAGGCGUGGCGUACGCGAUCACCAAAGCGUGUUCCAGAGGAGAGCUGAACGAAUGCAGUUGCGACAGUAAAAUUCAAAGAAAACACUCCAAAAAGAACUGGCAAUGGGGUGGAUGUUCAGAGGAUAUACGUUUUGGUGAAAAAUUUAGUCGUGAUUUCGUCGACUCGAUCGAAGAUACUGACAGUGUUCAAGGGUUAAUGAACGUACACAACAACGAAGCCGGACGGAGGAUCAUUCGCUCUAGCAUGCAAAAAGUAUGCAAAUGUCACGGUAUGUCCGGUUCAUGCAGCGUGCGAAUUUGUUGGAUGAGACUCUCAUCGUUUCGCGAUAUCGGAGACUCGUUGAUGGUACGAUACGAAGGCGCUUCGCACGUACGGCUAGGAGAGAAAAAACGGAAGAAAAUCAAAAAACUACGACCGGUCAGAAUGGACCGAAAGACGCCUAACAAAACGGAACUCGUGUACUUGGAUUCAUCUCCGGACUAUUGCGAGCACAACGAAUCGCUGAGCAUUAUGGGCACUUACGAUCGCGUGUGUCAAGGACUGGACGGAUGCAGGCAUUUGUGUUGCCACAGAGGAUUUCAAAUCAGAUUGAGGGACGUUGAGGAAAAGUGUAAAUGUAAAUUCAUCUGGUGUUGUAACGUCGCUUGCGAAGUUUGUAAAUACAAAAAGGAAGAAUAUAUUUGUAAUUAAUCGUACAACUUGAUCCGUCUCAGUGUAAGAUAUUUACGAUUUAAAUGAAUGAUAUUAUAUUAAAUAUAAGUGUCACCUA